AUGGCAAGCGGGGGGGCGCAGGACCGCCGUCAACACCACCACGGCCCAGACGUACAGUCGAGCAUUCGCAACCGUGAGGCCGUCCCGUUGCGUCGUGGCAGUCGCUGUGACACCAGCAGCACACCGGCAGCACACCAGCAGGGUGGAGGCCUUGCUGACCGCCCUCGCUGCCAGCAAGCGCCCACGCCAUGGCAUCACAGGCAUGGCCCCCACCGAGCUGAUCGACUGGACAUGGAUCAUGCCUCCUGCGCUCUGCGGGGGGACCACUGCUCGACUGCCGCACCCCAGCACCCAAACGGCCGUGGCUGUCUGGCUGCCUCUGCGGGACCGAGGGGGCCAGAAUCGAGACGAGACGAGACCGGUCGGGUCGAGAGGGGAGCAAACUCACACCACACACACAAGGAGUUCCGUGAUAGAGGCACCCGCGGACCUCCGUCCCGUCAAGCAGGCGACGUAUACGACCACAGCCGGCUUGCGGCUUCACAGGCUUCACAGGCACAAUACCGCCAGCCUUAA